CAAGACAAAUCGAUAUCCUUGCACAGACAAAGACUCAGAUCAACUACUGUUCAACCCGUCCAUCUAGAUGGUAGAUCUUACGGUGAAGACAGUGGAUCUCUUAUGGGCUGUCUUCUUUUGGGCUGUCUUAAGAUACGCCCCGACAGUGGCUGUAGAGAUGUUGUUUGUCAUCUUGGUUAUCAUCGUGACCAUGCUCGGACUAGACAUUCUCCGCAUGUGUUUUACUGGCGUUUUGGCCGGUAAUGACUUGAAUCCGUUGGAGACCUUGGCUCAGGUGGAAGAAGAGCAGAAUUACGAGACAUCUGAAAAGAUUUUACGCGAUGUAGCCGAGAUUAGAUCAAAAAUAUCACAAAUUGAGCUUGAUGUUCGGCAAAUUAAGCAAAUAAUUUAUAUAUUACAAGGGAAGAUUGAAAGUCUUGAAAGCAAACAGGAUGCGACUCUCUCGGAACUAUGUCGCUUAAGCCAAAUUUUAAGUGAUGAAGGCAAUACAAGCACUAAAGUAUUAUAGGUGAUCAUUGAUGUUUGGUCGCUCUUCAUGAUCGUUUUGGGGAAAACUUCAUCCUUAAUUUUGCAGUUGAUAUUCUGAAAUGUUGUUUUGUUUUGACGUUGAUUGACCACUUUUUCGACGUCGAGAUACAGGAAUGGUUUUAUUUUGUUUUAUUCGUUU